UUGCCUGAUUGGUGUCCCUUUAAUACAAGAAAAUGGAAACUGAACAGCCAGAGGAAACCUUUCCCAACACCGAAACCAAUGGCAAAUUUGGUAAACGCCCUGCUGAAGAUAUGGAAGAGGAACAAGCUUUUAAAAGAUCUAGAAACACAGAUGAGAUGGUUGAAUUACGCAUUCUGCUUCAGAGCAAGAAUGCUGGGGCAGUGAUUGGAAAAGGCGGCAAGAAUAUUAAGGCUCUCCGUACAGACUACAAUGCCAGUGUUUCAGUCCCAGACAGCAGUGGCCCCGAGCGCAUAUUGAGUAUCAGUGCUGAUAUUGAAACAAUUGGAGAAAUUCUGAAGAAAAUCAUCCCUACCUUGGAAGAGGGCCUGCAGUUGCCAUCACCCACUGCAACCAGCCAGCUCCGGCUCAAAUCUGAUGCUGUGGAAUGCUUAAAUUACCAACACUAUAAAGGAAGCGACUUUGACUGCGAGUUGAGACUGUUGAUUCAUCAGAGUCUGGCAGGAGGAAUUAUUGGGGUCAAAGGUGCUAAAAUCAAAGAACUUCGAGAGAACACUCAGACAACAAUCAAGCUUUUCCAAGAAUGUUGUCCUCAAUCCACUGACAGAGUCGUUCUUAUUGGAGGAAAACCUGAUAGGGUUGUAGAGUGCAUAAAGAUCAUCCUUGAUCUUAUAUCAGAGUCUCCCAUUAAAGGACGUGCUCAACCUUAUGAUCCCAAUUUUUACGAUGAAACCUAUGAUUAUGGUGGUUUUACAAUGAUGUUUGAUGACCGCCAUGGACGUCCUGUGGGAUUUCCCAUGCGGGGAAGAGGUGGUUUUGACAGAAUGCCUCCUGGUCGGGGUGGGCGUCCCAUGCCUCCAUCCAGAAGAGAUUAUGAUGAUAUGAGCCCUCGUCGAGGACCUCCUUCACCUCCUCCCGGACGAGGUGGCCGGGGUGGUAGCAGAGCUCGGAAUCUUCCUCUUCCUCCACCACCACCUAGAGGGGGAGAUCUAAUGGCCUAUGACAGAAGAGGAAGACCUGGAGACCGUUAUGAUGGCAUGGUUGGUUUCAGUGCUGAUGAAACCUGGGACUCUGCAAUAGAUACAUGGAGCCCAUCAGGGUGGCAGAUGGCUUAUGAACCACAGGGUGGCUCUGGAUAUGAUUAUUCCUAUUCAGGGGGUCGUGGCUCAUAUGGUGAUCUUGGUGGACCUAUUAUUACUACACAAGUAACUAUUCCGAAAGAUCUGGCUGGAUCUAUUAUUGGCAAAGGUGGUCAGCGGAUUAAACAAAUCCGUCAUGAGUCAGGAGCGUCGAUCAAAAUUGAUGAGCCUUUAGAAGGGUCCGAAGACCAGAUCAUUACCAUUAUAGGAACACAGGACCAGAUACAAAAUGCACAGUACUUGCUGCAGAACAGUGUGAAGCAGUAUGCAGAUGUUGAAGGAUUCUAAUGCAAGAUAUUCUUUUUUAUAGUGUGAAGCAGUAUUCUGGAAAGUUUUUCUAAGACUAGUGAAGAACUGAAGGAGUCCUGCAUCAUUUUUUUUUAUUUGCUUCUGUUUAAAAAGCCAACAUUCCUCUGCUUCAUAGGUGUUCUGCAUUUGAGGUGUAGUGAAAUCUUUGCUGUUCACCAGAUGUAAUGUUUUAGUUCCUUACAAACAGGGGUGGGGGGUGGGGGAGGGUGUGCAAAAACUAACAUUGAAAUUUUGAAACAGCAGCAGAGUGAGUAAAUUUUAAUUUUUGUUCAUUGUUGGUGGUUUAAAAAAAAAUCCCCCCAUGUAAUUAUUGUGAACACUUUACUUUGUGAUCACUGUAACAUUUGGGGGGGGUGGGACAGGGAGGGAAAGUAACAAUAGUCCAUAUGUCCCUGGCAUCUAUUCAGAGCAGUGUGCAGAAUGUAAUGCUCUUUUGUAAGAAAUGUUUUAUGAUUUUUUAAAUAAAUUUAGUGAACCUAUUUUUGGUGGUCAUUUUUUUUAAGACGGUCAUUUUUCAAAUGGCUGAAUUCCCCCCAACCUGCCCCCAAACUAAACACUAAGUUUAAUUUUCAGUCCUCUGUUGGAUAUAAAUAAAUGCAUCUCGGACUUAGGCAAAGUAUCUUGACACAUUCAGUUCUGGUGAUUUCUUAAGUGAUUUGAAAGUCCAUUGCUUGGGAGGAAAUUCCACCACACAUUCAUGCUUAUAAUAAGCUGGGGAUUUUUGUUUGUUUUUGCAAAUGCUUGCCCCUACUUUGCAACGAUUUUCUGUUUGUAAUUGUGAAGAACCAAGGUGGGGAGCAAUACAACAGAUGGAGUAGUUGGUAUAAGUAUAUACCAAAAACCUAAUGGCAGAAAGUUUUAUUAAUCAGAAUAAUACUUGGUUAUGGAAGUGACUGAUGCUAAAUAAAUUCUGAUUAUUUUUUAUUAGAUAAUUUCUCACCUAUAGACUUAAAUUGUCAGCUUGGUAGUGUCUAUUAGUUAAACUUUGUAAAAUAUAUAUAUAUAUAUUCUUGUUUUUCCAUUGUAUGCAAAUUGAAAGAAAAAGAUGUACCAUUUCUCUGUUGUAUGUUGGAUUAUGUAGGAAAUGUUUGUGAACAAUUCAAAAAAAGAUGAAAAAAGUUCCUGUGGAUGUUUUGUGUAGUAUCUUGGCAUUUGUAUUGAUAGUUAAAAGUUCACUUCCAAAAUAAAACUCCCAAAAU